AUGGUCUAUGGCUCUGUAGUCUGUGCUAACUGUUAACGGCUAACGCUAAGUGCUUUAAUUUACGAACUGCAUCUGAAGAAGACGGUCGUUCAUUUUUAACAUUUGUUUGGCAAAGAAAUAACAUUUGUCGUUUAUUUUAAGUUAAUUUUAUUCUUGUGUUAACUUACCUAUAUACAAAUCGGCCUCAAGAUGAUGUCCAAUAACUUAACACCAUUAUGUGCAUUCGAAAUCAACUACGAGCCUGACGCAUGUGAAGCAAUACUAAGGCAUUUACAUGCUCAAUUGAAGGGGAGAUGAUGUUAAACGACUUAUGUGCCCAUACAAUGCGGCCCAUUUAAUCUUGGCGCAUAGGAUGCAACAGCAUCUUGUGAAAUGCAGACAGCAGCAUCCCGAAAUGCAACGUGAUGUCUGCCCGAACAAUUCGACUCAUGUCAUUCCCGCGCCAGAAAUGCCAUUUCAUUUGGAGAGCUGCCCUGACAGACAAAAUUUGGAUAAAUUUAUAUUCACAAGCUCAUCCAGUGAGGAGAAAUUUCCCGUUCCAAAGCUGAAUUUAGAAUCUACUGAAACUUGGGAUGACGAAUAUCGUCCAACCUACAACCCCGAGGCCCAUUGUGUGAAUAAACCAGUGCUGAGGAACAAGAAUGGUUUACCGCAGGCGCAACGACGACAUUUCAGAAUGGAGGAGAGGCAACGAAUUCAAAAAUUUGACACCAAGGAAAAGGAACCAACACCGAGAGAAUUAGAACAGAACCUGCCCCAAAAAUUACGACGCCCCCAUGGAAUGAGUAUGGCAGCAGGAAACCAGCAAUGUGUUGAAGACCCUAAUGACAUGUCUCAUUUGAUGAACCAAAUAGAUAUUGGAUCGCGUACUGUGGCAUAUCCUAAAAUGGCAGCUAAGCAACCUGAUGAGAAUGAACAAAUUUCUUACGCAAAGAUGGCGGGUGUAGGGCAAGAACCCACAGGAUCUGUUAAGAAGGUUGGACGUGGUCGAGGACUGGCCCAAAAAAAUUGUUAGUUUUAGAAAAUAUACGCUUACUUUUGUGUUCCUUUUUGUUAUUCAUGUUUGUGUUUCAGUAACAAGUAAAUGAUAUUAUUUUCUA